AUGAAUCCUAAAUGUUACCUCUUUUUAUUUUAACAAGCGGUUCAUUUUAUUUAAGAAGGGUCAAUUAAGUUGUACUUCUUUAAUAUAAGUGAGAAAGUUAAAAAGAUGAUUUAGAAAAUGAGCUGGAUGCCAAAUAUGUUCCUAGAAGUGCGAUCAGUUAAUAACGGAUAAAUAUACAGAGAAAAUCUUACUUUAAGAUGAUCAAAGUAAAAAUACAUUGAAAAGGAUAACUAAAAAUUAAGUUGAAAUAAAGACAUAAUUCCCAUCAAAAAAUUA